GUGCCCCUAAGGCACCAUGGCUAGCGGCGGCUCUGGCAAGUCCACUACUGAGACAUCCACCCCCAGCGGCAGCUCUUUGCCAAGGAAGAAGCUUGUGGCCACCUGCGACCUCUGCAAGAUCAAGAUGCAGCUGGUAGCGGAUCUGCUCCUGCUAACCAGCGAGAGCCGGCCUGUCCAUACGGAGAGCCUGUCCGUCUUCGGAGAAUCCUUUGAGAAGUGCAGGGACACCAUCAUCGCCAGGACCAAAGGCCUCUCCAUUUUGACCCACGAUAUCCAGAGCCAACUCAACAUGGGCCGUUUCACCGAGGUGGGGGACAUCCUGGGGGAGAUGGGGGACUUGGUAGUCUCUUUGACAGAGUGCUCGGCCCACGCUGCUUACCUGGCGGCGGUGGAGAUGCCGGGGGCUCAGCCGGCUUUACCUGGCUUGGUGGAUCGCUACAAGGUGACCAGAUGUAAGCACGAGGUGGAACACGGGUGUGGGAUCUUGAAGACCACCCCUCUGUUUGACCUAAGCCCUCAGCUCCUUUUGGACGUCUCGCAGAACAUGUCCAAGAACUUGAAGUUCCUGACCGACGCCUGCGUCCUGGCCAGUGAGAAAUCCAAGGAUAGGUUUGCCAAGGAGCAGUUCAAGCUUAGCGUCAAAUGUAUGAGCACCAGCGCUUCUGCUCUCCUGGCCUGCGUCCGGGAGGUCAAGACGUCCCCCAGCGAGCUGACACGCAACCGGUGCGUCUUGUUCAGUGGACCUUUGGUGCAGUCUGUGUGUGCGUUGGUGGGCUUUGCCACAGAGCCUCAGUUUUUGGGCAGAGCGGCCACCAUCAACCCAGAGGGGAAAGCUGUGCAGACGGCCAUUUUGGGCGGUGCGAUGAGUGUCGUCUCGGCUUGCGUGCUCCUUACUCAAUGCCUCAGGGAUAUAGCCCAACACAACGACAGUAGCACCAAGAUGACUGAAUACAGGGAAAGGUUGAGGAACUCGGCGUGCGCCGUCUCCGAUGGUUGCAACCUGUUAUCUCAGGCCCUAAGGGAACGCUCGUCACCCCGGACUUUACCGCCAGCAAAUGCAAAUUCUGUGAAUUAAUCUAUUCAUUUUUAGAUUGCAUGGCCGCCUCUAACAUAAAGAUACGACAUCCCUUUCCUGGCCCAGAUUUUCUUUUCGUAUACCAAAGAAAUUUGUGUAGCGCAGUCCUUUAAUUCUCCUUCUUAUUGCUAAAGUGACAGUGUGAGGAGGCUGUGAAAACCAUGCUUUUUUAGCUUACAUGUCAUAAUCGACAUGGAUGUUCUACCUGGGGAUGGGAACAGGACGCACAUUUCCCUCCCCCCCCACCCUUUCCAAAUCUUUAAAUCAUCCGAGCAGCCUUAUAUUUAAGCAUGGAACUUGUGGGCGGCUUGCAGUGGUCUUUAAAGACAGGCAGGUAGAAUUCCAUUCAGGCAAGGGAGCAAAGGAAACCUGCAGCCUGCACUUCCUUCUGCUUGGCCCAAAAUCAAGGUCAGUUCUUGGAGGACAAGGCUCCCCCUCUUUGGUAGGCCUUGUGCAAAAUGAUUUCAAUUCCCUGUUCUUCUAUUGCUGGCUGCCAGCAGGCUCCUAGGACCUUGCCCAGGCUAGUAACUUUGGAAUGAUUCCUAAGGCUUGCAUCCAAGCUAAUUCUACUUCAUUGCUUCCUUCUUUUGUUGAAGCCUGUGGUCAAGCAGGGGUUACAGUAAUCCUAGAAAUGGUUUACUGACGGGGGUCCAAGCUUAAAUCGUGCUGGAUGCGAUUUUUAAAAAGUUAGGAGAUACGGGGGUUUUGUGGGAGGAGGGUGGUUCUACCAAAAUCUCCUAGAUGUUUAGUUGAGCAGGAAAAAGAAAAAAAGGAGAGAGAGAGAGAGAAAAAAAAGUUACCUCAGUUUUCAUACACUCUGGAAGAAAGAAAACUUUUUAAGAAUGGGUGAAGCUACGAUUUUUGUUUUGUUUCGUAUGGUUCCUUUUGAAUCGAGUGAUGAGUUAGAAGUGCAUUUGCAGGGAAAGCUGGGUGUCAUUUUCCAAUGGGGGAGCUACUGUGAGUGUGUUAAAAUAGGGAUUGGGUAAAUUACACUAUAACAAAUGAGUGAUUUUGAUUUUUAAUUAUUAUUUUUUCAGUGUUUUUUUUUUAAUCUUGCAUGUACUGGAGUAUUUAUUUCAUCUAUUAAAAUGUUGUUUCUCAGCCAAUCUCUCAACACUUAAAGAAUA